AACCUGUGGUGGUGGUCACUGAUCAGAAAAGAAAAAAAACAAAUCAUCCUUAUUUUAUGUCUCUUCAUUAUUAUUUUAAUUUGAGUAACAUUUCAGAACAAAAACAACAGAUAAAUAUUAAUUUGAUUAAGUAUUUACAUUGCUGAGCAAGUGCUUGUGUUACAUGUUAUCUAUUAGAAUAAUGAUUAAGUUUUAAUUUUAACAUCGAUAUUUGUGAUUUGAGAUGAGCGUAAUACUUGCAAAGAUAGACUUUCAGCUGAUUAUUGUUUACAUAUUAUUGUAAAACAUUUUGUGAAUUAGGAAUUGUUAAAUUUUGUGAUAUGUAUUCCUUUGAGGGUGACUUUAGGCGAAAACCCCAGCAGAAUCUGGCGGGCGCAAGUGCACAACGAAAAACUGAUAGAAAUGCACUAAUUCUCCAGUCGCAACAACAAAGACAAAAGCGAGAGGAACACAGAAAGCGUUUAAACAGCACUAUAAAGAUACAGGCUUACAUAAGGAGUUUCUUAAUACGAAAGCAUUGCAAGCAAGAUGCAAGAGAACAAUUUGACAAAUAUUUUUUGGGAGCUAAUCCUGAUGAUCAAGUACUUAUUUCAUCACUUGUUGCUAAAGUGUUAUUCUUUUAUGAUGAUAAACAGGAUUGUCAGAGAUUGGUGUCUAUAUCACAGUUAUUGUUGAAGCAAUGGAAAAAAGUAUUUCAAAGUGAAGGCUCCUGCAUACAAAUCAGAAGGUUGCUUGCAUUGCAUUUACGGUUACUGAAAGACAAUGCAGAGGUGUCUCUUGCGGUACCCCUCAGGAUGUUUGAAGUAUUCACCUCAGUGAACUCUGCAGAGACUUCAAUGAAUAGUGAAGAGUCACUGGGUGUUGUUGGAAAUACAUUCUUAUAUUUGAUCAGAAGAGGCUAUUUCAAGGAUUUGCGUGAGUUAAUGUGCCAGAGAACACCACCACUUUAUGGUCCUUCUCCAAAUCCACCCACACCCCUAUGUGGAGCUUUGCUGGAUUUGAUACAGAGACCUCUCAAUUUGACAAUGCACACUAACAUACCCGAAUAUGAUGACACAGUGAUGUCUGAGUUUGCUGCAGCAUUUCUAUGUAAUCCUUACCUGGAACCUAUAGAGAUGUAUUUAAUACCAUCACUCUCACAUGAUCUGACUAAGAAGUUUCCAUUCCUAUCACUCAUACAAUGUCUACGGGAUGACAGCAAAUUCAACAACAGGAUACUCGUGAAUGAUUCAUGGCUGUUGCAUUCUGUGCUGUCGUUGGAACCUCCUGAUUUCGCAAAUGAUAUACGUAAAUUGAAUAACACAAGACUGCCAAAUAAUCCUAUUAUAUUAGAAUACCUUAAAAUAAUAGCCAAGUUAACAAUAAACGUGUGCAAUAAACAGAUAACUUAUGAGUAUGAAGACUCAUUGUACAGUCAAGAGCCAGCAGCCGAGAAAGAUGAGGACAGUGACAGUGAUAGUGAACCAAACCCGACCUCUGUGAGGGAACAAUUGCUGCUCGCCCGCUGCAUAGAGUUGUUAAAUGAGCCAGACCACUGUGUGAUGGUCACUUGCACCCAGAUCACUGAUAGUGAUUUAAAUGAUGAAUUCCUAGACUGCAUGUCGCAGAUUUGUCACAAUCUGUUGCUGAGUCACAGGAUGGCCUUACAUAAAUACAGAUUGCUGUACACACUAGCUUUCAAGCCGACGUUCCUGCGCGAACUGUGGCACUGGCUGAGCGGCCUGAGCCACGAGUCUUCGUUCGGCGGGUCCGCCACGCCGCUGCUGUCGGCGUUAUCGCGCGGCUUGACCGCCCUCAGCUCGGUCGGCGCGCCGCCGACGGCGCCCUUCGCGACUGACGGCGCGGCGCUCGGCGUGCAGCGACUGCUUGCGCCACUGGCCGUCUUUUGUGCACUCUUCUCGCUCCUCAUCGGGACCCUACACGACACGGAGUUCUGUAGAGACCUCGAUGAUGACAAAAUGAUAACGACGCCGUCGGUGAGGUCGGCCGCUGAAAGCAUGGAGAGCGAGGAGGCGUGGGGCGCGGCGGUGGGCGGCGGCGGCGGCGGGGGCGGGGGCGGCCGCAUGCACGCGUUCUCGUUCGCGGAGCUGGGCGCGCUGUGCCGCACGCUGCGCCACGUGUGCCUGGGGCUCGUGGAGCUGGCCUGCCCCGACACGCGCCAGCCACGCGCGCCCGCCUGGUCGCACCUCUUCAAGGUGUGCACGCAUCUGUUGCGCGCGCUGUACGCCCGCGACGCGCGACUGCAGUUCUGCGGCGCGGAAGUGUGGGGCGCAGGCGGCGCGGGCGGCGUGAGCGGCGUGAGCGGCGCGGUCGGCGCGGGCCCGGAAGGCGUGGCGGGGCUGCUGGCGGCGGCAGGCCCGCUUACACGCUACUCGCUACGCCAGCCGCGCCGCCCACCACCGCCAGCCUCCGCCGCGCUUGCACUCUCACAAGAGGAGGGGCCUCCUUUAACAAUCAAAGAAUUAAGAACAGUGACAAUUUUACGGGAAAUACCAUUCGUGGUGCCAUUUUCUACACGAGUUUUAAUCUUUCAAGGACUAUUAAUUAGAGAAAAGCACGACCAUUGGUAUGAAUUGAACAAUUUCAAUGAAGGGCCCUCUAUAAAUAUCAGCGUGCGUCGCACACAUUUAUACGAAGAUGCAUUUGAUAAACUUAGCCCUAGUAACGAGCCAGAUUUGAAGCUGAGGCUUCGUGUGCAGUUAAUAAACCAAGCCGGCGCUGAAGAGGCGGGUGUUGACGGCGGUGGUCUCUUCAGGGAAUUCCUUUCAGAGUUGCUCAAAUCAGCUUUUGAUCCAAACAGAGGUCUGUUUCGGUUAACAAAGGAUAACAUGUUGUAUCCAAACCCUGGCGUGCAUUUACUUUACGAUGACUUCACGAUGCAUUAUUAUUUUGUUGGAAGGAUGCUUGGAAAGGCGCUGUACGAGAACCUGCUGGUGGAGCUGCCGCUGGCGGAGUUCUUCCUGAGCAAGCUGUGCUCGCGGCGCGAGCCGGACGUGCACGCGCUGGCGUCGCUGGACCCCGCGCUGUACCGCGGCCUGCUGCAGCUCAAGGCGCACCGCCGCCGCGACGUGCCCGACCUGGGGCUCGACUUCACCGUCGUCAGCGACGAGCUCGGCGAGCAACGGGUGAGACACUCUCCACCAUCUCCACCACCACCUCCACCGCCGUACGGUCUGUAUUCGUCGCUGGACCCCGCGCUGUACCGCGGCCUGCUGCAGCUCAAGGCGCACCGCCGCCGCGACGUGCCCGACCUGGGGCUCGACUUCACCGUCGUCAGCGACGAGCUCGGCGAGCAACGGGUGAGACACUCUCCACCAUCUCCACCACCACCUCCACCGCCGUACGGUCUGUAUUCGUCGCUGGACCCCGCGCUGUACCGCGGCCUGCUGCAGCUCAAGGCGCACCGCCGCCGCGACGUGCCCGACCUGGGGCUCGACUUCACCGUCGUCAGCGACGAGCUCGGCGAGCAACGGAUAGAAGAGUUGAAACCUGGCGGAGCAAAUAUUCCUGUAACGGCCGAAAAUAGGAUAGAAUAUAUACACCUAGUCGCUGAUUAUAAAUUAAACAGACAAAUCCGACCACAGUGCGUUGCGUUUAAGCGCGGGCUGACGUCUGUGGUGAACGCGGAGUGGCUGCGCAUGUUCUCGUGCGGCGAGCUGCAGCUGUUAGUGUCCGGCGCGGAGGUGCCCAUCGACUUGCACGAUCUGCGUGCGCACACGCUUUACACCGGUGGUUUCUCAGCGACUCAUCCGACCGUCCGGUGUUUUUGGAAGGUGGUGGAAAACUUCACGGACGACCAGAGGCGGCAGUUGUUAAAAUUCGUUACCAGUUGCUCUAGGCCGCCAUUGUUAGGUUUUAAGGACCUGCAGCCACCUUUCUGCAUCCAAUCAGCAGGCGCGUCGGACCGGCUACCGUCUUCCUCCACUUGUAUGAAUCUCCUCAAACUGCCAGAGAUUCAGUCCGAGGACUUACUCGCCGAAAAGCUGCUUUACGCCAUACAGGCAGGAGCUGGCUUCGAACUUAGCUAGAGGUUUAAAUGUACCAUCACGAAAACUGAAAAUGUACUGAAUAUAGUAUGGAUAUAUUAAAUUAUUCUAUUUUGCAUUUUUUUUAUGUAAGUUACAAUCGUAAGUUGUGAUAUGUAAUUAGAUAAAUGUUGCACAUUGUUGUAUGUUACACUAAUAGUUGUAAAAUACGCGAUUCCUUAGUCUGUGAAUUUUUAUGAUCUAUUUAUUUCAUUUAAUCAUAUAAUUACAAAAUUAUUUAGUCGUCCCCGGACAAUAAAAUGCUAACUGAUCUGAGAUCCGCAGAGUGUACAUCCACUUAUUAUUUUUUUUACACUUCCUUUCUGUUGUUAUUUAAAAAGUUGUUAAAUAAUUAAUACUCGUAUAAUAUAUUCAUAUUUUUGUUAGUGAAUUCUAAAAUUGGUAAAUGGUUGUAUAUAUAUAUAUAUAUAUAUAUAUAUAUAUAUAUAUAUAUAUAUAUAUAUAUAUAUAUAUAUAUAUAUAUAUAUAUAUAUAUAUAAUUCAUUAUUGCUUGAUAAAUAUCUUUGUGAUUCUUCUUUCGUCUAUGCUCUCCAAAUGGCCAAACCAACGCAACAUUCAUAAAGUUGACAUAAUGAAGUUGCAUCACAAGUUGCAAACACAGACACUAUUUGUGUUGUAAUUAAUAGAAUAUAUAUUAUUACACUAAUAAAAUGCGUUUUUGAUUCAGUAAUUUUGAAUUUUUUUUAAAUAAUUUUUACAUAUUCAGAUGUUUUUAAAACUCCAUAAAGUGUCAACAAUCUUCAGUGUCAACACAAUAAUUUUAAUUUCUUUAAUUUAAUUAUAUAUUUUUUUUAUGAAAAAUUGAUAAUAAAUAGUUUGCUGUCCUAUUUCUAAGUAAAUUAAUAACUCGUCAAGCGAUUGUCAAUAAAUGUUGUUUUUUCUAAAAAUUUAGUGACUGCAAUUACCAUUUUAUUAUUCGGGGACACCGGAUUUUUCUGUAAAGAUUAUGACAUGUGGUUAUACGUUUAGUGAGAACAAUAAUGAGUAAUGAUAUGUAUAUAAAUUUAGAGAAAUAUUUCGAAUUUAUGUAUAACAUACGAUAUAGGUAUAUGGGAUGUAUAGAUAUUAUUUUCGUUUGACAGAAUUUUAUAUGUAAUUGUGAAGUUAAGAAGCUGCCUCCUUACAAUCAAAUAUUGUUUAAUUUCAUUAUUAUUAUUUUACAUAAAACCAUACCCACUGCUUCAUACAAUAUGGUUUAUUUUUACUAUUUUAGUACAGAAUACUAAAAAUGUGAUCUCUGGCUGUCACUCACACGUAAGUAAAUAACGUCAGUACAAUGUAAAAUGUAUAUGUGUAUAUAGUGCACUUGCGUUCCUUUUUCAAAAGAUCCUAUUAGAGACAAAGAGAGGAUAUAAGAACAGUUCAAGAGCAACAAGAAUGUCCAUAUUGUAUGAAAUAGUACUAUUACUGUGAUAAGACUAUUUUAGAAUGAAUUCUAUGCUUGUGACAAAAUGUAUGGAAUCAGUACAUUCAUAUGUUUGUUUUCGUGUUAAUAUUUUGUACAAAACAUUACUUCAUUUUUUUUUUAUUUUUAUUGCAUUUUGUCUUUCUUACUAUUCCUACAUUUUAAAUGGAAAAAUUUGUAAAUAUAUUUAUUUGUUACUCAGUCAUGUUUAAAUUUAUGGGAAAUUUGUCAAACAGUUAUAUUUUUAUAUUUACAUGAUACAUUUUUUAUAAGAGUACAAUCUCUAAACAAUGUAACUGUAAAUUUAAAUAAAUUUAGUAAUAAAGUAAUAUAACUGUAAACUUAAAAAAAAUGUCCCUAGUAAAAUAAUAGUAAUGAAAAAGAUAAUGAUAAAAGGAGGGUCUCUUAAUUCUUAAAGAUGAAUUAUGUCUCAAAAUCGUUUUCCAAAAUUCGGCGCGAGGCCGUCGUGCCGUUGAAGAGCGAUUUUAUAUUUUAGUACUUAUUUAAUAAAGUUGUCAAUCCUGUG